GAGAGAUAGGGAUUUUGGAAAAUCGUCCAAGCUAAGGUGGGGCUAUCUUGAAAAAAGAACCGGGCCGUUGGAGCCGGGGCGGUAAAGGAGACGAUGGGAUGGCAAAAGACGGACGGACGGAGGCGAGGAAAGAGAAAUCCGAUGAUGUGUGUGUAUGUAGAGGAAGAGGGAGAGAAAAGACGGAAAGAAGGCGAGAGUAUGGAAAAUGUCAAGGUCGGGUGAACUCCCAAGUAAUUAAUGAUCAAAUGGUAAAAAAAGCAAGAAAGUACAGUACAAGUACAGUUGAGGGGGAGAAUCGGAGCAGAGGUAGAGUAGGAGGGAGAGAGGGAGAGGAAGAGGGAGGGAGGGAGGGAGGGGGGAAAAGAGGGUGGUGGCAGGAAGAGAUGGGAGGGAAAGAAACACCACCACCACAACCACCACCACUACUACCACAAGGUCUGCGUAAAGUAAGAGGAAUCUAGUAAUAGAACAAGUAACAGGGAUAGACAGAGUGAGGGCGAACAAGUUUGUUCAACCAUACCCAAGCACUCAAGAAUAAGUAAAAGUGAUGCUGGA